AUUAUCAUUUAGUUCAGUCAACCCAAACGCGUUGUGUUAGCGGUUGUGUGCAGUCGUGCUUUUGGUUUCAGCGCCAUCUAGCGACGGGUGGAAGUUGAUAAAAUGGCGCCAUCAGUGAGAGAGUUCUACACGGGAAAGUCAAUUUUAAUCACAGGAGCAACUGGUUUUGUUGGAAAGGUGUUAGUUGAAAAACUACUCCGCGACUGUCCCGGGAUAAAAACUAUUUAUUUAUUGUUGAGACAGAAGAAGGGGAUACCCGGGGAGGAGAGGCUAAAGGAAUUGUGUAAUAAUAGAGUAUUCGAAUUGAUCCACAAAAAGGAUCCAUCAGCGUUCAACAAACUAAAGUUCAUAUCGGGAGACAUUUUAGAAGAAGACCUCGGUCUCUCCAACGAUGACAAACAGGAGUUGCAGAGAAACUGUCAGAUUAUAAUACAUAGUGCGGCUUGCGUGAGGUUUGAUCAAAAACUAAAAGAUGCAGUGCACAUGAACACAACCGGGACGCAUCGCUUGUUAAAACUCGCUGAAACUAUGGAAAACCUUGAGGCGUUCGUCCACCUGUCGACCGCGUACUGCCGCUGCGACUUGCCCGAGUUGGACGAGGCGCUGUACCCCGCCGUGCACAGCCCGCGCAACAUCAUGGACAUCGUGGACUGGAUGGACGACAGCACGCUGCAAUAUAUUGAGCCUAAGAUAAUAGAAUCAGAACCAAACACGUAUUCCUAUACAAAAGCAAUAACUGAAGACUUGGUCGCUGAAUACAGUACAAAGUUCCCCAUCGCCAUCGGCCGGCCAUCUAUCGUGACAUCAGCAUGGAAGGAACCUAUGCCGGGUUGGGUGGACAACCUCAACGGACCGACUGGCUUGCUUAUCGGUAGUGGGAAAGGCGUUAUCCGCACGAUGCACUGUGAACCGUCAUACACAGCAGAUGCGAUUCCCGUAGAUGUAGUCGCUAACGGAUGUAUACUUAUUGCUUAUGCUACUGCAUUGGAUAAAUCGAAGGAGACGCAAAUCUUCAAUAUCACGCUGUCUGGAGUUCAGAAAAUAACUUGGAAAGAAGUUAUUGAUACUGGCGAGAAGUGGGUGAACACGUACCCGUUCCUGGUCGCGCUGUGGUACCCGGGCGGGAACAUCAAGUCGCACUGGCUGACGCACCAGCUCGCGGUGCUGCUGUUCCACGUGCUGCCCGCGUACUUGUGCGACGCGCUGCUCUUCCUGCUGGCCAAGAAGACCUUCAUGGUGAACGUCCAAAAACGCAUCAGCCACGGUCUAGACGUUCUCCAGUACUACACGACAAAGGAGUGGCAUUUCAAAAACAAUCGCUUCCUCUCGCUCAUGCAGCGUGUGAGUGAAGAGGAAAGGGAGAUAUUCUACAUCGAUGUUAGCAAAUUGGAUAGGGACGAAUAUUUGAGAGACUAUGUACUUGGGGCGCGCCAUUUUGUGUGCAAGGAGGAUCCGGCUAGCUUGCCGAGAGCUAGGAAAUUGCAUAAAAUCCGUUACGUAGUGGACGUGGUAUUUAAAAUGUUGAUAACUGGUCUGUUCAUUUGGAUCCUGUACUGCUAUAAGGACACCUUUGGUUCAUUAGUGACAAUGGCAGAUUCUACGUUAAGAAGUAUUUUGAAUAUUAAUAGUGAAUAAAUUUAAAUUGAAUAGAUUUAAUGUACGAAAGUGAUUAAAAAUUGUGUA